CAGGCUCGGACGGCCCGCGGAGCUGCAGCCGCCCUUCUCUCCCUCCUUGCCGACGCCAUGCUCCAGUUCCUGCUUGGAUUUACUCUUGGCAACGUGGUGGGAAUGUAUCUGGCUCAGAACUAUGACAUACCAAACCUGGCUAAAAAGCUUGAAGAAAUUAGAAAGGACGUGGAUGCCAAGAAGAAACCCCCUAGUUCAUGAGGCCGACUCCAGGACUGCCUUCUGGAUAAACUGAUUCUCCUGUUCUUGAGGGCCUCCUUUACCAUCUGAACCAAAAGCUUUUGUUUUAAUCUCCAGCCUCAGCAGUUUUCUUCUUUGCUAGACCCUGCAUUGCCUUGCAGCACAAAUGGAGCCACAAGUAAAGAACAGCCCAUACUUUUCCAACAUCCUCACUUCUUCCCUUCCUCCUUCCAGCCACUUGGGAGGUCCUGAGAAUGGAAUUAUGGUGCUAGAUUAGUAAACAUGACC